AUGUUUACGCGCUGUUACCGGGGCCGACACACAUGUGUGGCGCAACAUAUGGCCGCCAUAACCACCACCACGUUGCUGUACUGGACUCCGCCCGGAUUCAGAUGCGCCGCCGGCUGCUCAUCCACUGAACUCAACUCUCAUAACGCUUCAAAUCACAGCGCUCACCUGUUCAAAUCGCCACCCACCUACGAUCAGUUACGAAUCAAAUUUGAAAAGAAUGGUUGCUCGCGAUCAGUGGUAAAUAAGAAAAUGGCGUUACGACAUAUGAUCGCAGUGAAUCACGAAGAUUCCUUGGAAGGAUCGAGGGAACAAGUUGGAGCAAGUCAGCGUUCAUCGUCCGACAUCCCCAGAGUCCCGCCUCACGCCCCUUCAUCGCCAAAAAGCAUGCGUUCCGACAGCACCCUCAGCGUCGAUUCGGGCCAAUGUUCAGGUGAUGUGGCACUCACAUCUCAGCACUCAUUCUCUUCGUCCAGAGAAGAACGAGAGGAAAAAGAACAAAUAGAAGAGACUUCCUCGAUUUUUCACGUCUACCAACAGCGAUGUCUGCCCGGAUAUGCCCGAAUAGCGAGUGAGUAUCAUUUUCUUGAAACUGGUAUAUUUUCAUAA